AUGCAGUACAAUCGGCUUGGCGAGUCGGACCUGGUGGUGUCGCGCAUUUGCCUCGGCACCAUGCUUUUUGGAGAAGCGCUGAGCUACCAGGAUGCAUCGGCACAGCUAAGCAGGGCUGUGGAGGGAGGGGUGAACUUCUUUGACACGGCUGAGAUGUACCCUGUGCCACAGCGGGCAGAGACGCAGGGCCGAAGUGGCAGGCCCAUCUACGCAGAUAUCGUGGAUAAGAGGGGGGCCUUGUGCCUAGACCCCGGGUUCCCUCAGGUGGUGGGUCCAUCAGCUCAAAUGACGUGGAUAAAAGGGGGGGCCUUGUGCCCUAGACCCCGGACCUUUCAGGUAGCGGGCCCAUCGGCUCAAAUGACGUGGAUAAGAGGGGGCCCUUUUGCCCUGGACCCCGUUAAUAUCACAUCCGCUAUAGACACCAGUCUGCAGCGCCUGCAGUGUGACUAUAUCGAUUUGCUGCAGCUCCACUGGCCCGAUCGCUACGUGCCCAUGUUUGGCGACUGGGAGUUUGACCCCCGAUGUGACUAUAACGAGUACAGCUCGUUUGAAGCACAGCUGGAGGCUCUAGGAAGGGCAGUGGACGCAGGGAAAGUGCGGUACAUUGGACUCAGCAACGAGACAGCAUGGGGAUUGGGAAAGUUUCUGGAAGCUGCCAGCCAGCCUGCAACUCCCUCCUCCUCGUCUCCUCUCUGCCCUCGCCCGAUCGCCCUGCAGAACGCCUAUUCCCUGCUCUGCCGCACAUUUGACUCCACCCUAGCUGAGUCGUGCCACCACGAGCACAUUCCCCUGCUCGCAUACAGCCCUCUGGCCAUGGGGCUGCUCUCGGGUAAAUACCACUGCAGCCCCCAAAUGUUGUCGGGUAAACACCGCUCUAGCCCAUCAGCAGACCCUGCCACGUCAGCCAACGCUGACACAUCAGCAGACGCUGCCACGUCAGCAUCGAUUGACACAGUACUACUCCUGGCCCAAUCUCUGGAUCUCCACCAAAGCUCUGAUCCAACCGACACCAACAACAGAAUCUUUCAGGAUCCUUCCUGGCGCUUAGUUAAAUACCGGAACCGAUACGCAGAGGCAGAGGGCCGGUACCCAAUCAGCAACCCCCGGGUGGCGACAGCUGUCAGGGCGUACGCUGAUGUGGCGAGGCGGUUCCACGUGUCACCCGUACAACUGGCACUGGCGUUUGUGCUGGCUCAUCCCCUGGUGGGGGCUGCGGUUGUGGGGGCAUCAUGUUUGCAGCAGUUGGAGGAAAUUCUGUCAGUUGUGGGGGAGGGGGGAGGGGGCGGGAGUGGGAGGGGAGAGGGGAUAGAGUUUACUGAGGAGAUGCGUGCUGCAGUUGACGCGGUUCAUUCUGUGCUGCCAAACCCCACCCCUUAA